UUAGCCCUCCCAGGGGUUGCAUCCUUACAGGGACUAGUGAGUACUUCUGUUGGGCGCGCUAGGAACUCGUACUGCGCUGGAAAAGUUGCUUCGGGAAAAGAUUUGGCCUUCGAAGUCCAUUCUCAAUCGAGACUUCGGUCGUGGUGGAAGUGCACUAAAGUCAACAUGCCUAUUACGACGCCCACGGUGCCGGAUGGCCUUCCGGAGUUGAUGAAAGGUCUAGCAAAGAGUGUUAUCAAGGAAAAACCUAAGAACAUCUACGUUCACGCGGCGGAAUAUUUCGAAAGUUUAAUUCGCGAUCGUGACGGCGAACUGGAUAAGGGUUAUGAACAUUUUACUGCUCAUAAAGUGUACGCCGACUAUAGGGAAAAAUGCCGCAAUGAAAGUGGAAAUUCGAGCAGCGGAAGCGCUGGUCAAGGUCGAAGUUCUUCCAGUGGCAUCCAGGCUCGGAUGGCUAGCGAUGGGGAUAACGAGGAAAGCGGUGGAAGUGCGAAAGCUGCCUCCCGGGGGAAACUCAAGAAACGCUUGCGAAAACAGGGAUCCAAAGAAUCGAACAAAUCUGUAGACAAAAAUGAAGAGUCAGAAGAAAAACAAAGCGCUCAAAAAGCAGAUGAAAAUAUUGUUGAGGAAGGGAACGGACAGAUUUCAGGUGAAAUGGUUACUAUGAGUAAAGCACUCAGUGUCGAUGCUGAGGCCGUCGCAAAUUCGGUGUUGACUGUGCUUACUGAGGCCGCCGUAACGUCAGAUCAAACUGAUGAAAAAACCAUAGAGGGAGAAGAAAAGGCAAAUAACUUACCACACCCAAUUAAUUGUGAAGAUUUGAGCUCCUAUCCUGUAGAUGAGAAUGAGGAUGCAGUAAGUGAGAAAGAGAAUGAGAUUACAUCAGCGCCUAGCACAGCUGAAGCUGCGGACAAAGAAGUUGACGAACAGGUCGACCUCGAAGAAGAUAUCGUUCAAAAAGAAAAUAUUUCAGACUCAAAGGAUGCACUUGAGGAAAGUGAGAAAAACGAAGAUGUAUCAUCAACGAAUGAAGAAAAAUUAAGUGAAAAUAUAAAUGAGAAAGUGAUUGUUGCUGCAAAAUCAUUUUCUGAAGAAGCACCAGUGGAUACGGUUGAUGCAGAGGAAGCGGUAGAGCAGGUUACCAAUCCAGAAUCCUCGAAAGAAGAAAUAUCUGACUUACCGAAUGUUCCCAUUGAAGAACCAGGCGAGCCAGAAGUUGAACCAACAAGUGAAAGUCCUGCAGAAAAAACCUCUGAUCAGAAUGAGAAUCAAGCAAACGAAUCUGAUAGAAAUGCAGGAAACGUAUCAACGGAUGUGAGUAAUCAGAACGAUGGUGAAACUCUGGAGCAAGUAGAAGAACUUGCCGCUGACGAACCUCCAUCAGACGAUGUUCCUGCAGAUGAUGAUAAGAGUGCUCCAUUAGAAUCUGCAGCAGGUCAAGCGGAAGAAGCAGAAAACAACGGAAAGCCUGCAGGCUCCACUGAAAAUUUGGAUCUCAGUGAAAAUAUAGCACCUGAAUCAAAGGAAGAGCUGAAAGUCGAGGCCGAGCAAAGUGUAGACAAAACCGAUGCCAGUGAAGCGGUAAAAGAGAACACCAAUGAUUCCGAUGAGAAGCCCGUAGAGGCGUUACUAGGCGAUGGAAAGCCGAAUGAAAAUAUAUCAACUUUAGAUGAGCCAGGUUCAGACCCACUUCUGCAGCAGCAGGGUGAACAAUCGGGUUCGGGUGAAGAAAUUCCUGCCGACUCAGAGCAAACCAUUAAUAAACCAGCAGAAAACGCAUCCAACGAAUCAGAAAAUUCACCACAAAAGCCAGAUGAGCCGGUAUUGGACGAGGUAUUGCCAAAAUCAUCGACACCAAAAGAGUCUUCUGAGGAGAAAUCGGAGUCCGAAAUCAAUGCUAGUGAGCAAUCCGAGGGAAUUUCCAAGGAGUCCGCGAAAGAAUCGGAGGCUGACGGAUCGGAGCUGCCUGAAGGUGAACUGUCGGUCAAUAGUGCAGACCAGCUGGAGCAAGAGGAAGAGCAAUCGUUAGAGAAGGAUUCUAAUGCGGCAGUCGUGGGAGAGCCUGUGGAACAUUCUGCAUCUGUUGAGAAUGAUGUUGCUGGCAACGAAAAUGCUGAUAAUACGGAACCUGAAUCUGGACAAAGUAGUAGUUUGAAAUCCGAAAAAGUUGAAGAAACUCCUGUCGAGGCACAAGAGAAUGAAGUUAACAGUUCGGAUGAAAAGCUGGAUGACGCUGUAGAGUCCCAAGAAGAAGUGGUAGAGGAGCCGUGCAUACAACGCGAAGUUCCAUCGUCUGAAUCUAGGCCCGGCAGUAAGACUCACAGUGCUGAGCUCGAAGAGAUCAAGAAGGUAGAUUUGGCCUCUUUUGACAAGAACUCAGCCGAGGCUUUGUUCUAUUCUCUGAAGAAAACAGAACUGGAAAACACGGAACGCCCGCAACAAAGCUCCAUCGCACAAUUGGAAAGUGUGGAAAAGGACGACGAUGCAGACGUUGUAAUAACGGAAGAAACACCAACCGACACCCGACGGGAGCAAACCAAGCGAGCUUUUACCGAUGAUUUUUUAGAGGACGGCCCCAUCACUAAAGAACCAGAUGAAUCCGGUUCUAGUGGUGGGGUGAACGACGCAAAUGUUGACAUAUUUAAUCCAAUGGAAGCAGCUACGAGUCGUAACCAGCAACUGUUAGAUCAGAUGCAUCACAUUAAAGAUGAUUCAAGUCUACCGGAGAAUCACCGACAAAAGAUUCCAAUUAGGCGGAGUAUGACCGAAAAUGUGGAUCUAUCCAGGCAGAAUUCCAAUUAUGUAGACCUUCGAAAGUACGACCCAGAUUACGUGGAGGACGAAGAUCAGUUUGACGGUUAUUAUAUUGGGAAUAUCCGAAAUAAAAUUCUAGCAAGUUCGACUUCGGUAGCAGAUUCUGACUACUCUGAACCUGAUCGCGAAGUGGCACCAAUAGACGACAACAAUGUUCAGACGGCUUUGGAAACGAUAAUGUCAACGGAUACGGAAUCAACCCUGGCAUCACAGACGACGGUUCACGCAAAUCGAGGCGUUCUAAGAAAAGGAUCGCAAACUAACAUUCCGUAUGCUUCAUUUGGCAACAGUGCCAUUGAUAGGUCUCUCGAUGAGUUUAUUGAACGUGAAGAACAGCACAAGGAAGCGGAAGCGCAGGCAGCAUCAACGAUACAAAGAUCUUAUCGACAGUUCCGAUCGAACAAACGAAAGCUGCUACGAGACUAUCACAGUACAAUGCGUACCUUCACCGAGGAUCACUCGACGGAAAGCUUGGAAGAUUAUUCGGGUGUAAUUCAGGUGAAAGUAGAUCAGAAAAAUCCGGAAAAAGGAUUUGAUUCAAAUGAGAAUGGACGUCCCGAGAGUCUUCGCCGCCCAAUGUUGAGUUUGAACAUAGACGAAACCGAUACGGUAGCUCGCAGAACAACGUUGACGCGGGGAACUGCCGUACAGAGGAAUUCAACACGGGAUGACGAGUCCGCCAGAUCCGACCCAGCAUCCACGGAGAAAAAAGCUUCCAAUGAGCCGACAUCAACACCUAGCGAUCUGUCAGCUGACAAAAAACCAAACUCAGAUGAGAAGGAAAACAAAGACAGCGGUUCGCCGAACUCAAAUGAAAAACCACGCCUACUGAGCAGCGAGCAGAAAAAAGCAAACUCGCUGGAUGCACAGAAGUUGUUUAUCGCACGUCAGCGCACCAUGCCGGUACAGAUCGAUUCCUCGCUGAUGAGAGUACUGCCGAAGCAUAUGCGGAAGCGCAACCAGAGCGCCGGAACGGUGCGGAAGUAAUGACAGUUUUAAUGACAAUUAUAACAGCACUACGUUUGAGAUAAAAAUAUAACUUAUGUAAUCAGAUUGAAGGUUUAGUGAAGAAAUAAAUAGAUAAAAACAGAAUGUUAUGAUAUAUUGUAUUUGUU